AUGGAUGUUGGCUAUUUAUCAUUUCAUGAUGAAAUUCCAAUAUUUUCUUCUCUCCUUCGGGAAUUGCAUAUUAAUGUAUCCAGUUUGACCGAAUGUCUUUAUUUACUUGAUGGACGAUUGAAUCAACUUCGUAUUUUUUAUGUAAAUAUUAAAAUUAUUCAUCAUAUAGCACCAAACAUUGAUAUGAAAAAAAAAUUGGAUAAUUUGAGAUGUUUUUCAUUAAUCAGUAAGAAUGAAACAUUUUGCUAUAGUCAAUCGAUUGUACCACUUUUACAUCGAAUGUCAAAUUUGAAAAGACUUGAUUUAUAUUUAAUAAUUGAUGAGAACAAAUUUAUUGAUGGAAAUUGUUUGAACAAUGAUAUUAUUAAUCAUUUGCCAAGAUUAAAUCAUUUCAUAUUUAAUAUUCAAUCAAGGAUAUAUGAAUAUAAUCAAACUGAUAUUCGAUCAAAUGAAGACAUUCAAAUUACAUUUAAAACUUUUCCAAAUCAUAAAGUUAUUUCUUGUGUUGAUUUUUUUCCAGAACAGAAUUUUGCUCGAUGUCAUUAUUAUUCAUAUCCAUAUACAAUGGAAAAUUAUGAUAAAAUUAGCAAUAAUUUUCCAGGUGGAUUAUUCAAAUGUGUUCGUGAAAUAUCAUUAUUUGAUGAACGUCCUUUUCAACAUGAAUUUUUUAUUAAAAUAUCUGAAGCAUUUCCAUUUCUUCAAAAAUUAACUCUUGAGAAUUUUCAAUCACAAAAUAAAAAAUCAGAUGAAGAUGAUCAAUAUUUAUCGAUCAUUGAAUAUUCUUAUUUAACAGAAUUACGUCUUCUUGAUGUUCAUGAUGAUUAUAUUGAACAAUUUCUUUUUCAUUCAAAAUCAGUUUUACCAAAUAAUAUAUCUUUAUCGGUUCAAUAUGAUUUUCUCAAACGUGUAACAAAUCAUUUCACAAGAGAACAAACUAGAAUUAAUUCAGCAAAAAUUAAACAUGUUUUUCUAGCUGGUCCUGGUCAACACCAUUUAUCAAAAGACUUCUAUCAGUAUUUUCCUAAUUUACAAUCGUAUUGUUUUUCUUUAAUCACAUAA